AUGUUUAGUACAGAAGAAUUCAUUCGACAGUAUUAGAAGCUUGCUAAUCCAGACAAAACAAUUAGUCAUUAAGCAAAUUAAUACAUUCUUAAGUUAUAAUAAAGCAAGGAGGCCUUGACCAUUGCAAAAUAAUUAUUAGACUUACCAAAUAUUUAAUCGGAAUAUUAGUUCAUAGCUUGUUAGAUGAUAUAUAGAAGAUUGAAAGAAGAGUGCAAUAUUUCAAUUUAAUAAUAUCUUCUAGAAUUAUUGGCUAGACCUUUACCAAAUGUUGCCAUGAAUUAGGUAUGUUCUUCUUUAGCCGUGAUCAUAGUUGGAAAUAGAUCUUUAUGGGGAGGGUAAUAUUAAAAAUAAUGAUAGAAUAUUGUAAGAAUUGAUUUAGUUAAUGAAAUCGAGGAUGGCAAUAGGAAUAGAAAUUUUGACAUAAAUUGCAAUUUAAGGAAAAGAAUGGUAUAAAAAAAGUGAAUAAUUAAGAUUGCAAUAAGAAUUUAUUUCUUAAGAAAAUACUUUAUCAGAAAUAUUUCUUAGUUUACUUUAGGUUUAAGACUUGAAUAUAUUUAAUUAAACAGUGAAAUGUAUUGAAUGUUGGAUAUAAUUCUCAUUUAAUCUAUUCAAAGACUAAAAAUUAACUAGAGAAAUAUUAAACUUAGUAUAUUAAACAGUAAUAAAUAAUGCCCGAAAAUAUAGUGAUAAAUUGUUUGCAUUGUUAAAUGAAAGUGUUAUUUACUCAUAAUACAAUAGACAAUAAAAUAUAAAUUAGAUUGAUUCUGCAGUGUUAUAGAAUUUAAAUUUUAUUCUUGAAUUUAUCAUAUCAAUAUACAAUCCUCUGUCUUCAAAGGGAUAUGUUUCAUUUAUCACUAAAUUUUUAUGUGAUUUUCAUGUACUUGUGUUGAAUUCGAAAUAUGAAAAGGAUGUUUUUAAUUUGAUGAGUAACAUUAUACAGCAUCCAUCAAGGAAGAUAGCAUUUUAAACAUUCGAAUUUUGGAAUCAGAUGAGAGAAUAUAAUAACUUAUAAGGGGUUGGUUUGAAUAUAUUAUAAACGAUGAUUGACAAAUGUAAAAUGAAAACAAUAAAAUUAACAAAAGAAUUUGUAUAAGGAGAUCCUGAAGAAGAGGAGGAGAAUGAUUAUAAUCUUAAAUAUUGUAAUGAAGGGGAAGAACAUUUUAUUUCAACAUCUGAUUUUAGAGAGCAUUCCAAAGAUAUUUUUUAUAGUAUCUAUAAGAGUGCCGAAAUUAAUAUGCAAUCAGAUUAAUAUUUGUAUAUUGUAUUGAAAAAUUUGAUCAUAUCUGAUUCUUCUUAACACGAUUAGAUACUUUAAAGUGAAUCUGCAUUAUUUUCAUUGUAUUCAAUCAUAGAGCAGACUGAUAUUUCAGUCGAUAACCAAAUUAUACUGCAAAUAAUUUAAGUGAUUUUGACAUUACCUGCUCAUUCUAACUUUGACAUCAUUGUUAAAACAUCAUUAUAACUAUUUAGCGAAUUUCCUAAUCAAUUACAAUUGCAUAAUGAUGUUUUGAUUUAAAUAACUCAAUACUUUUUUAAAUACAUGCUUCAUCCAUUGUUAGGACCUUUGGCAGGAGUGUACUAAUAUAAAAAAUAAUUUUAGAGCAUUCGAAUAGAUUUGCAACUUAAGUAGUUUGAAUAAUGUUGAACUAAUAUCUGAAAGUGUCAAAUUCUUAGAGUUGCAUUUCAGUGAGUUCAUCAAUCAAUCCCAAGUAAGCAACUAUAUUGAGGGGAUAUUAAAGUUGUGUUUCAGGUUAUUUGAAGAAGGUAAGCCGGAUUGUUUAAUUUAGGUAAUGAAUUAUGAGAUAUUAGUUAUUCAAUUUUGCGAAUCAUCAGUUUCAAUAAGUAUGCAAUCCUCAAGUGACUGAGAAGUAGUUUCAUUACAAUAAUUCUUUGGUUAUCUCAAUGUUUUAAUGGGUGAAUUUGAAUGCUAGAGAGAAUGAUUAGAUUAAGUAACUGUUGGAACUGUUAUGUCAAUCAAUUUUUGAACCCUUGUUAAUGUUUUUGUAAGGGCAACAUACUUUUUCCUUUUAUGAUGAUAUUUUAAAAUUAAUUCAAAUUAUACUCAAAGUGUCAAACUUUUAAAACUAAUAAUAGGUAAUUCAUCUCUUGUAAAUAUCAUACUAAAUAUUUCAUUCUGAUCCAAUUCAAAAGCAUCAUUGGUUAUAAUUAAUUACCUAAGUAAUCAGUAGAUCUACAGAUCACUAAUUUAUUGUUUAGUGGGCAAUGGUUAAUGAUUAUUAAAUUCAUUUGUUUUGCAUAGAAUCCUUUAAUCGUUGGAAGGACCCCGAUCUAAUGAAAGUUUAUGUUGAAUACAUCAUAGAAUGCAUAAGAUGUUGUCCAUAGGUUCUAUUUGACUCCCCUUACUUGUAAAAAAUUAUUGAUGUAAUUUGCGAUGCCUUUCUAAAUUUAUGCUCUUUUGAAAUGCAAAGAGAGAUCCUACACUUUUUUAAGUAUUAUAUCUUAUAAAUUAAAUUAGAUUUCUAUUUUAGUCUUUAGAGAAUAGUAAAGAGUAUUUCAAUCCAUUGGUGGUGAAGGUUGUCUCUGCCAUAUUUAUGUCAAUUAGCGAUAUAAAUCCUGCAAUAGUAUUUUAAAUAAUAUAGAUUUUACUGAUAAUAUUGAAAAAAUAGGUUAAUUCAAAUGAAUUGGAAGAAUUAAUUUUUUAAACAUUACAAAAAAGUUGGGGAAAAGAUAAGCCAUCAUAAAAUGUUAAAUUAGUCAGUUAAGCAAUAAUUUCAUAUAUAUUGAUAUCUGAAUAAGGAGAAAUAAAUAGGGAUUUGAAAAUACUACUUGAGAACUUGCGACCUAUCAGUGAAGAAGAAAUCAAUUAUAUUCAAUUAGAAAUAGUAAUUAAACGAAAGUGA